GUCACUUCCUUUUUCAUCCUUUACCUUGCUCAGUUCGUCUCCAUUUCUAUCGACUCUUGCGCAUAGAUUUAGGCGAUCUUUAGAAGCUUCUCAUAAAUUACGGCGGGUAGAAAGUAAUGAAUGGUUCGGCAGAGCUGAGCUCUGCUGUGCUGAACUCUGGAGUGGGACACCAGUCCGGGAUGAUGUCUGCAGAUGACCUAAGCGAUCCCCCUUCCAGUCCAGACAGCCCCUUUGAUGACUCAGACCUACUGUCUUCGUCCACGGUCGCCGACGAUGUCACUGCGCAGCUCGCAGCUGCAGGUCCCGUUGGAGUGGCAGCCGCAGCAGCCAUCGCCACGGGCAAGAAGCGCAAGCGGCCGCACACCUUUGAGACAAACCCCUCCAUCCGCAAGCGCCAGCAGACGCGACUGCUCAGGAAGUUGAAGGCGACGAUAGACGAGUACACGACGCGUGUUGGUCAACAGGCAGUGGUGCUGGCAGUGACUCCCGGCAAGCCACAGCAUCACUUCAAAGUUUUUGGGGCGCAUCCCCUCGAGACUGUGGUGCGCGCCUGUCGAGGGGUGCUUGUAGGGGAGCUGGAAGCGGCAUUGGCCCAACAAGCGCCCCCGCAGGCGCAGGAAGACCCCACUCUGCACGAGUUGCCACCUUUGGUGGUGGACGGCAUUCCCACCCCGGUGGAAAAGAUGACGCAGGCUCAGCUUCGUGCGUUCAUCCCCCUUAUGCUCAAAUAUUCUACGGGUCGCGGCAAGCCAGGGUGGGGCAAGGAGUCGACGCGGCCCCUGUGGUGGCCGAGCGACCUGCCCUGGGCCAAUGUACGCAGUGACGCUCGCUCCGAAGACGACAAGCAAAAGGUACAGGUCUCCUGGACCCAUGCGCUGCGGCAGAUCGUCAUCAACUGCUACCGGUAUCACGGAAGGGAAGACCUCCUGCCGGCAUUCAGCGAGGACGAGGACAAGGAAAAAGUGAAGGCCCUGGCCACGCAUGUCACCCAGGGACAGGUGUCGGCCGUGGUGAACGCGGUGGCCACGACGGCCAGCAGCACCAUGACAGGAGCGGUUACGGCAGAAUCGCUCACCACCGCACAAGGGGUGAGCACCUUGUCCGUCCUUGCGAAUGAGGUUUCUCACGAAUUCCACCAGACGCUCUACACGAGUCCCAUCACACACUACACACCUACCAUGGUGCAGACAAUCAACAACCCCGAUGGGACGGUCUCCAUCAUUCACGUGGACCCCGGCAGCGCCCUUCUCACUCUCCCAGACGGCACCCACGCUCAAGUGCGCACGGUCAGCGCCACCAUGGACGGGGAUGGUGCACAGAAUGGAGCCGCCGUGGCCCCCAUCAGUGCCGUGAACAUGGAACUGAAUAGCGAGGCGGCAGCACGGGCCGUGGCCACCCUGGCCGAGGCCACCCUCAAUCAUGACGGACAGAUCAUACUCACGGGGGAGGACGGGACGCAGAGUGCAUUCCCAGUAUCUGGCAUGGUGACCAUCCCGGUCUCAAUGUACCACGGCAUGCAAGUGACCAUGGCCCCCGUGGUGUCCGCCGAGGCAGCCUCUGGCUCCGAGGGCGGUGGCGGCGACGGAGUGGAAGUGCUCGCCGUGCCCGUGUCUGCCACGCAGCAACAGGUUGAAUGAUCCGUCUCCUCAACCACCCCUCCUCAGCUUGCGAUACAGUAGCGCAAGCUCCUCCGCCAUCUCAAGGAUCUCAUGCUGACGACAGUGGUGGGUGCACACAUUAUGGCAGGUGUGCUGUGUACAGUAGUAUACCGUGAAGCGUGAGUGACCUGCAUCCCAUCGCUGCAGAGUCAGGGGCGUGAUGUUGGUGUCAUUUGAGUGCUGUACCUGUACUGUACCCGUAAGGUUAAAAGCUUUCAUGGCCCGGCACGCAAUAUUCUUAGGGCCCCGUGUUUUCGGGUUUUAUGUUUUGUGAAAAUCGGGUCUUAUUUUGGGAGCCGUAAAACACGGUGAAAUCGGGCAGAAAUUAUCGAAGGAGCGCCACUUGCACUCUAGAUUAACGCAAGAUAUGAAUCAGCCAUGCUGAGUGUGCAGUGCUUGGCAUCCAGUAUGCCCAUGUUGGUGGCUGAAUUGGCACUUUGCCAAGUUAGUUUUCGGGUUUUUUCGGGUUUUACUCGGAGUGAUGGUGGUGCAAAUCGGGGGAGGGGGGGGGGGUAAAAAAGGUGUUUACCUUAAAACACAGGGCCCUAAAUAUUCUUUUCCCUCUGUGUUUCCACUUAAAACCUCAACCAGUACUGCUUGAGGCCACCUGGCAUGAUGGAGAAGACGCGUUUGCUUCUGUGUUCCAUUUUGUUCUCUAACCAUUGUCCAGUGAACCACCUCUCAUCCUAACCUCUCACUCAAAGUUUAAAAAAAAAAAAAAGAAAACGCACAAGAUUCUUGCUAAGACACACACUUUGUGUACACCAUGAAGCCCGAUUGCAGCUUUCUUUCCCCCCCUGCUGCUAGGCGACACAUUUAUUUGGCCUCACUAGUUCUCUCCCUGUCUAGUUCUAUCCCAAAGAAAAACGACAUUGCAACCCCCUACAGAGCAUCACUUGUGUCACACGCAGGAGUGAGUGAGCCCCUGUCUGAUGUCUGACAUGUCGGAUCUUUACUGUACAAAGCAUGAGCCGUCUCGCCACGUCGUUACCUCCUCGAUGGAGUCCCUUUCUAGUCCUCGGCGAGAAUGAAGUCUUUCGUUUUAAUGAACUGUUUUGUGGCUGCACUCGUGGUGACAGUGCAGCUUCCUGGUGCAAGUGGGUGCGUGUACAUAUUUUUUGUAAAUACAUCGAGCUGUCCAUAGUGUAAAAAUCGUCCAUGCCCUCUGCAUGUCGGGGAAAAGAAACAGUGUCGAAGUGGUCCGUUGCAAUAUUGUGCUGUCCAUGAGAUGACGGUUGUGAACGCUGAUAGUGUUGGAAACGGUCUUGUGUAGCUUCAUGUGUGGUCAUAGACACGAUGCUUUUUUUUCUUUCUUUUUUUAAGAAAAACUUUUAUUUAAUGAUUUGUAUAAGUGUACAUAAGUAGGCUCAUUGUGCAUGGUGCCCAGGCCACAUAUUUCGGAACAGAGAUUUUGCAUCCUUUAUAAAGUGAUCCGUUGCUAUUCGCGUAUAAAAAGUGACGUUGAAGAGGUAUUGAAAUUCUGGCAUUUAGCGACAACUGAAGGAAGCAUUUGCAUGACACUACUGAGACUCAAGUUUUUUUUUUUUUUGUUUUUUUGUGGGAUUUCCUCAUCACAUUAGAUAAUCAAAGUCCGCGGAUAACGUUUGUCUUUUUUGACAGUAGGACCUUUUCAAGUACCCAUUGUCGUGGUGUUAAGAAUGCAUGAGUCUCUCUUUUACGACUAUAAUCAGUAGAUAGCUAUCCCUGUCUCUGUACUGUACGAAAAAAUACAACGGGAAACCCUGUAACGAGCCCUGUGCUGCCUCCCUGGAAAAAACACCUUCCAAAAAUAAAGAAGAAGAAAACGUC